CAUGAGGGUAUGUGUGUGUGUGUGUCAUGCCUUUAGGCUAAUUCUAGUUCAACCACAGUGACAGGAAACCAGUUCAUUUUUCCUACAGCUGAUUUCAUUUCGAGUAAAAACUCUUGACUGGAGCGUCAGUCAGGAGGAGCUGAUCAAGAUCUCAUAGAAACCUGCAGGGUGUGACCUUAGGACCAGGGUGCCGAAACACACGCCUACACACGCAAGGUGUGUCACCGUUGGUGCGGUGUGCCAGUGCAGCCUUUUUUGACUGAACACAUUUACUGUAAACAUGGAUUGGGCGCAGCUCCUUGAGCAAUAAUUUGAAGCUCGUUUCAUUUCUGUGUUGAGGAUUACCAUGAUGAAGAUUGAAUCGAUCCUCUGACAUUGACCUUGUGCUUCAGAUGGAUUCAAGAUUCAGGAUUUCCUCUGGGAUUUAGGCAACACCUGUAUGACCACAGAGUUAGAGUUUUAUUCUCACCUGAUCCAAUCAUCUGCUGCCAGUAUGGAUGUGCCUGAUAUGAAUCAUACUGGGGUGAUCUUCUCUCUGACAACAUCUCCAUGUGGAGAACAUGACUGGACGGAAGAUCACAGCCCAAAGCUACGGGAGCAGCAGGAGAGACCAGCGCCCCCUGUGCCUAGUUGUGUGUCCAUGACUAGUGAUCAUUCAAUGGAGCAACCUCUUGCUUUUCAAGGACAAUGCACCAAAAAAGAGAAACAGUCAAAGACCCUGGACUCUUUGAGCGGUGUGUCCAUAAACAGUGACGCAUGUAUGAAACUACCUGCUUCUUUACACGGACAAGCUACCAAAACCAGGACAGAGAAGAGCAGAGCAGACUGUGCUGUUCCAAGUGGAGUGUCCAUGAAGAGUGACACGUCAAUGUCUUGCUUAAUAAAUCUACAAGAUACAAAACGAGAGCAGAGAUCUGUAGAAGCUCACAGUGAGAGUCUCCUGGAUCAUCAAACUGACACAGAUGCCGUAUUUAUGCUGCUGGAAAAGAACAUAUUCAGUUUUGUGAAAAAUGAACUGAGGGAGAUCCAAAAGUCUUUAAAGUCGGGCAAUAUUGAUGUCUGCGAGUUUAAUGAGGAGGAGGAAGAAGAGAUAAAAGUCGGCAAGAAAGCGGUAAGGGAGAUCGCAAUGGUCUUCCUUAGGAGGAUGAAGCAGGAGAAUCUGGCUGACUCCCUACAGAACACAACUCCUGCUGCGUACCAGGCUAAACUCAAAUCCAUUCUAAAGCAGAAAUUCCAGUGUUUGUUUGAGGGAGUUGACAACAGAGACAACCCAACUCUCAUGAAUGACAUCUACACCGAGCUCUAUGUCACUCAGGGAGGAAGUGAGGGGGUCAACGAAGAACAUGAGGUCCGACAAAUUGAAACAGCAUAUAGGAAGCUAGCAGGACCAGAAACCAGGAUCAGAUGUGAAGACAUUUUUAAAACAUAUCCGGGAAAAGCUUAUCCAUGCAGGACGGUGAUGACAAAAGGAGUGGCAGGCAUCGGGAAAACUGUUCUAACAAGGAAGUUCACUCUCGACUGGGCUGAGGACAAAUCCAAUCAGGACAUCUGCCUGAUUUUCCCAUUCACUUUCAGAGAGCUGAACCUGCUGAAAGGUCAAAAAUACAGCCUGCUGAAACUUCUGCAACACUUCUUUGGUGAGACCAUAGAUUCUGGAAUCUGUUGCUUUGACAAGUUUCAGACUGUGUUCAUCUUUGAUGGACUGGACGAGUGUCGCCUUCUGCUGGACUUUAACAACUCUGAGGUCCUGACUGAUGUCACAGAGUCCACCUCAGUGGACAUUCUGCUGACAAACCUCGUCAGGGGCAAACUGCUUCCCGAGGCACAUCUUUGGGUAACCACAAGACCAGCAGCAGCCAGUCAGAUCCCUCUUGAGUGCAUUGAUGUGAUGACUGAAGUCAGAGGCUUCACUGACCCACAGAAGGAAGAGUACUUCAGAAAGAGGUUCAGGGAUGAGCAGCAGGCCAACAAAACCAUCUCCCACAUUAGAGGGUCACGCAGCCUCCACAUCAUGUGCCACAUCCCGAUCUUCUGUUGGAUCACAGCCACAGUUCUGGAGAACGUGUUGAAGUCAAAAGAUGGAGGAGAGCUUCCUAGGACUCUCACUGAGAUGUACAUCCACUUCCUGGUGGUUCAAGCAAAACUGUGGUGCUACAAGUUCCAUGAAGAACUUGGGAAAGGUCCUCAGUGGAAUCCAGGGAACAGGGAGAUGGUUCGGUCUCUGGGAAAACUGGCGUUUGAGCAGCUUCAAAGAGGAAACCUGAUCUUCUAUGAGUCAGACCUGAAGGAGUGUGGCAUUAACAUCACGGCAGCAUCUGUGUAUUCAGGGGUUUUUACUCAGAUCUUUAAAGAAGAAAAAGGGUUGUUUGAGAAAAAGGUCUACUGUUUUGUUCAUCUCAGCAUCCAGGAGUUUCUGGCUGCUCUUUAUGUCUUCAUAUCUUUCAUUGAAUCUGGCACCAAUCUGUUUUCUCAGACCAAAGCCUGGUGGUCUCAUUUGCUGAAGGACAAAUCCAAACUAUCAUAUCUCCUCCAGAGUGCUGUGGACAAGGCUCUACAAAGCCAAAAUGGCCACUUGGAUUUGUUCUUGCGCUUCCUCUUUGGUCUUUCUUUGCAAUCCAAUCAGAGUCUUCUAGGAGGACUUAUGACACAGUCAAGCCCACACGGCAGUCGGGAAACAGUGGACUACAUCAAGAACACCAUCAAGAAGAACAUUUCACCGGAGAGAAGCAUUAACUUGUUUCACUGCCUUAACGAACUGAACGAUCGAUCUCUGGUGGACGACAUUCAACAGUUCCUGAGUUCAGGGAGCCUGGUCACGGCCAGUCUCUCUCCAGCUCAGUGGUCUGCUCUGGUCUUCAUACUUCUCACGUCAGAGAAACAGAUGGAUGUGUUUGAGCUAAGGAAGUACUCGGCUUCAGACGAGGGUCUUCUGAGGCUGCUGCCUGUGGUAAAGGCCUCCAACAAGUCUUUUCUGAAUGGAUGUAAGCUGUCAGAAAGAAGUGGAGAGGUGCUGGCAUCGAUCCUGAGCUCCACCUCUUCAAGCCUAAGGGAACUGGAUGUGACCAACAACAAUCUGAAGGAUGAAGGUGUAGAGAGGCUGGCUGUUGGACUGGAGGAUCAGCACUGUAGGCUGGAAAAACUGAGACUGAACCAAAACAAUCUGACUGAAAAUUCCUGUCAGCUCUUAUCACCGGUCUUCAGGACCAAGUCGUCUUGUCUCACAGACCUGGACAUGAGUUACAAUGACCUGCAGGACUCUGGCGUUACACAGUUGUGUGCAGGACUGGAAAGUCCAGACUGUACUCUACAAACACUCAGACUGAUUGGCUGUAACCUGUCAGGGGGAAGCUGUGAAGUUCUGGCUGCCGUUCUCUCCUCCACAUCUUCCUGCUCCUCUCUAAAGGAACUGGACCUGAGUAACAACGACCUGCAGGAUUCUGGAGUUGCACACUUCACCGCUGCACUUCAGAGUAGUAGUUGUAGACUGGAAACCUUAAGGUUGACGCAAACCAAACUGACACAGGAGUGCUGUCAGGACUUUGCAACCAUUUUCAGCUCUAAGACGUCAAGCCUUCGACACCUGGACCUGAGCAACAACAACCUGCAGGACUCAGGAGCCACUGCACUUUUUAAUGGACUGUCAAAUCCCGACUGUGCACUUUCAGCCCUCAGAUUAAAUCAAACUAACCUCACAGAAAAAUGCUGCCAUGAUAUGUUGUUCCUGAGCAAUCCGAGCUCCAGACUGAACGAGCUGGACAUUGGGAACAACGCCCUGCAGGACUCGGGAGUGGAGCUGAUUUGUGCAGGACUGCAGAGUCAACAGAGUUCUCUGAUGAGUCUUAGACUCAGUGGCUGCAGGAUAUCAGAGGAAAGCUGUGAAGCUUUGGCAUCAGUUCUCAGCACCAGGUCUACUGGUCUCAAAGAGCUGCAUCUCAACAACAAUGUCCACAUUCAGGACUCUGGGAUGAAACUGCUCCUCGCUGCACUGAAGGCUCCACACUGUGGGCUGGAAACUCUCGGGUUAAGUCAAACCGGCCUCACUGAUAAAUGUUGUCAGGAUGUUUCAUCAGUACUCAGCACCACGAUGUCCAAUCUCAAAUCACUGGACCUCAGCAACAAUGACGUGCAGGAUUCAGGGGUUAAAGCUAUGGCUGUGGGUCUGAAGAGUCCACAGUGCAGGCUGGAGCUCUUGAGACUGUCAGGCUGCUUGAUAACGGAAGCGGGCGGGGCUUCUUUGAAUGCUGCUUUCAAGUGCAACCCAAUCCAUCUGAGAGAACUGGACCUGAGCUACAACCACCUGGGCCCAACAGGAGUCAAGCUGCUUUCAGACAGAGUGGAGGAUCCACAGUGGAGACUGGAAUCUCUAUGUGUGGAUUAUAAUGGCGUGCAAUGGUUCAAGGCUGGUCUAAAGAAGUAUGCCUGUGAACUCACACUGGAUCCAAACACAGCCCACAAAAAUGUUGUGCUGGCCGAGGACAACCGAAAAGUAAUGCUCUCCGUGGAGAAGCAGCCUUAUCCCGACCACCUGGACAGAUUCGACUGGUGCUACCAGCUGCUGUGCACGGCCGGUUUGGCCAGUCGCAGUUACUGGGAAGUGGACUGGGAAGCAGGCGUGGAUAUAGGAGUGACUUACUGGAGUCUGAGACGCAGGGGUGCCCGUGACGGGAGCAGACUAGGGUGGAACGAGAAGUCGUGGAGUUUGGAGUUGACUGAUAAAGGUUACUACGCCUGGCACAAUAACAUACGCACACCUCUUCUCACGAAUCCCUCCGCUGUUUCUAGAAGAGUGGGGGUGUACCUGGACUGGUCUGCGGGUACUUUGUCCUACUAUGAUGUCACAGCUCACUCGCUAACUCACUUGUACACCUUCACCAGUACCUUCAUUGAACCCCUGUACCCUGGCUUUGGGUUCUUAUCUCUGGAGUCAUCAGUGACACUGUGUUAGGAAAUGGCUGGAAACUUUAUUAAACUGCCUCCGUUUGGCUUAAGCUACGUUUUAUAGCUUCAUUAGCAGGUGUUAGUGAUCAUGUGUGAGGUAAUGUUGGCUUUACCAUGUUGUAAUCAGUGUUUAAUGUUUUGUUAACGUUAAAUUAUUAUUUCUGUUUUGGUACUCUUUGUCUGUGAAGAUUGUGCAGCUCUUCUUCUUGCUUUGCAGGCAUUGCCACAAAGGAAAGUUGUUCUUUACAUAUUAUAGGUAUAAUCCUGUAACUUGGUCACAUUUUCCACAGUAUACCAAAAUGCACUGUGGUCACAAAGAAUCUGCCUGGACUAAAAAAACACUGAGCUCUGCUGUCUGGUGUUGCUGUACACCACCAAGAUCACAUCAAAAUUUAACCAUUUCCAAACAUUAACAACCAGUUAAUGUUUUUUAUUUACAAAGGUCAUCUUUUUUAGGUGCCUCAGCCAAACUACUUUCAUCCUCUUCAUCCUAGAGUAACAAUUUCACCUAUCCUUCCUUUAAUUAUUUUAAAGUCCAUUAACAUUAAAACCAUACUACCUUAAACUGAACCAUGUAGCACCUUUAUAGAAAGGUUUUAAUUCAAAGCAUUUCUAUGUAUAUUUAAUACUUGUUGGUAUAUGUAUUCCAAAUACAAGUUUGUAAUAAUAAAAUAAAAUGGAUUUUA